UCCAGCCGCCUUGCCGGGAGGAUGCAGACGCUGGGAAGAGCGAUGAGGAUGGAGGCCCGCGAGGCAGCGCCGCCGGCGGGGGCGGGCGGCUGGAGCAAGUGGGUGAGGCUCAACGUGGGGGGCACGGUGUUCCUGACCACCCGGCAAACGCUGUGCCGCGAGCAGAAGUCCUUCCUCAGCCGCCUGUGCCAGGGGGAAGAGCUGCAGUCUGACCGGGAUGAGACUGGGGCCUACCUCAUCGACCGUGACCCCACCUACUUCGGGCCCAUCCUCAACUUCCUCCGGCAUGGCAAGCUGGUGCUGGACAAGGACAUGGCUGAGGAGGGGGUCCUGGAGGAAGCGGAGUUCUACAACAUCGGCCCGCUGAUCCGCAUCAUCAAAGACCGGAUGGAGGAGAAGGAUUAUACCGUCACACAGGUCCCACCCAAGCACGUGUACCGCGUGCUGCAGUGCCAGGAGGAGGAGCUCACGCAGAUGGUCUCCACCAUGUCCGACGGCUGGCGCUUCGAGCAGCUGGUGAACAUCGGCUCCUCCUACAACUACGGCAGCGAGGACCAGGCAGAGUUCCUGUGCGUGGUGUCCAAGGAGCUGUACAGCUCCCCGCACGGGCUGAGCUCCGAGUCCAGCCGCAAAACCAAGCUCUGCGCUCUUUCUUCCCUGGGUCUGCCGGCUGGUUCACAGCGCGCGGAGGAGCAGCUGGAGGAGCGACAGCAGGAGGUGGAGGUGGAGGUGGCACAGGUGCAGGUGGAGGCAGAUGCACAGGAGAAAGCCCAGCCAUCUCAGGAUCCCGCUAACCUUUUCUCCCUCUCACCACCGCCUCCUCCUCCUCCUCCGCUUCCCGCCGGAGGUCCUGCCUCAUCUUCAUCCACCUCUUCUUCCUCCUGGAUCUCAUCUACACCCUGCCUCUUCCCUCUCUGCCCCUGUCCGGGUUUUCUCUCUGCCUGCUCACACCUCCAUCCCGGGGCUGCUGUGGUCCCAGCCUCCUGUGCCCUCCACCCAGGUGCCCCGGCCCCGCAUCCCAGAGCAUCCCGCCUGCCGCCUCCUGCACCCCUUCUGGCACCUCCCGCCUCCGGGCCCGGGGAGGAGGGGCACAGCUGCACCUCCUUGGUGCCCGCCGACCCCGCCGGGCACAUCUGAGGUCGGGCCGCCCUGCUGCAGCGCCUCACCUCCUCGCCUCCUCCUCACGUUUCCUCCUUGCAGGUUCCUGUCUGCACCCCCUCAGACCUGAGGCUGCGCUUGCAGUAAGGGCUUCUCCGGGCCCCUCGCCCGCCCCCAGCGCUGCCAUGCCUGGUUUGUAGCUUGGCAGAGCUGGAGGGAGGGGCGGAAGCCAAGAGGGUGCUCAGCUCUUCUUUUUUGGACUUGAGCCGGACUUCCGGCUGAUUUUCUCCCCUCCCCCAAGUUUCUCAGCCUAUCUUGGCCUUGGGGAUGCAGCUCUGAGAUGAGACAAAAGGGGGAGGAAAUUCUUUCCCACCUGCCCAUCAGCAUCAGAGCCACGCUGGGAAGGAGGGAAGGGAGACGGAAGCCAGGGGCCCUGACCUCAUCCCUGCACGCUCAGGAGCUUCUGCGUCACAGCCUCGAGGCACUGGGUUGCCUAUUUCUGCGGGGGUGGGAAGGACAGGCCACACUUGGAUUCCCUUGGCCUAGGAGGAGUCAGCCGGAGCUGGCUGAGGAUCGGGCUGUGGCAGAAAAAGCCCUGGCCAGGUGCCCACAAGCCCCCACUCAGUCUUAUCUGCCUGCCGUCUGACCUUGGACAAUUCACUGUCCCUCUUUGGGCCACAGUUACCUCUAAAAUGGGAACGGACGGCUGCUCUCUGUGACCUUCUGCCUGAGACAGUGCUGACCAGCCUCUGGGCCUUGACCCCCUGGCCAGAGUCUCGGCAGAACGUGUCCUAGGCAGCCACCCCCCGGCCCAAGAUGGGGCGCGGGGCUCCCGGAUGGGCGAGCUGGGGCCUCUCCCUGCUCCCCCUCCUCCUCAGCUCUGAAUCCACUUUUUCUGGGCCUCAGCCCCCCUCCUCCCUCCCAGAAAGGACCUCGUGACUCACCUGACUCUUUCUCUCUCCCUCUCUCCCCACCCCUCCCUCCCUCCAUUCCAAUCUCCUCUCUGCCCUUCUCCUGGCCCUGCACUACCCCCUCCUCACCGGCCUCACCCUCUCAUCCUCCUCCCGGUGUUCUGACCACCCCCCACCCCGUCUCCCUGCCCCCUCUUAUUUUCUAGCUGUUACAAGCCAGAGGCACCCGGAUGUGAGGCCCCAGAUCGCCUCCAGGGACUUGGGGUUCCGUUCUGAAAUCCUUUAUUUUUGUACCACGGGGUGGGCCCCCAGCCCGAGGCGGAGGAAGAGCUCUCCCUGCUGUCACCU